AGACCACAGUUGCUACAUCAAACAAGAUGGCGUACGGUGUGUCAAAUGUUUGUGUUUGAAAAAAAUAAAUAUCUCUGUUGUCAGCACGCAUGAACGAAGUUAAAUAAAAAUGGAUGACGUUGACUUUGAUUUCUUUGAGACACCUCGUGAAAAUUCAAAAACUUCUCCGAAAUCAAAAACAAAGUCUACUAAAGUAAAUGAUCAAGACAAAAACACGUCAAAACAUGGACAACUGCCAAAAGGUAGAAAUAGGAGCAGAGAUGAUACUGAACUAUUGUCACAGUUUACAAACAAACAACAUAAAAAAUAUUCUCAUGAAUCAGAUUCAGAAUCAGAUGCAGUAACACCCAGAGAUAGGAAUCGAAAAGAAAUUAAAAGAGAAAAGAACAAUAAAGGUAAGAAAAUGGCAAAAGACAGUUCUUCAGGAAGUUCCAGUGCAUACUCAAAUUCAGAUAUAUCAUCUGACAAUUCAGAUAGUGUAAGUGAAGAUUCCAAUCCUAGGGAAAGGGAAACAAUUGAUAUCCAUAUGCCGAGUGCUCAUGUAGAUGCUUGGAGUGAUAAGGCUAAACAAUCGAGUGAAAAAAAUAUUCCUGAAACUAAGACAAAAACUAGAAGAAAUCCUCGUAAAAGAGAUUCUUCUUCAGAUUCUUAUAGCUCAGAUGGCUCCGUACAUAGACAGAAAGAUAGGAUAUCUCGGAAUGACAGGGUGAAGAGUGCGAAGUCCAGGAAUGGCAGGACUGCAAGUGACAAGACACAUAAACAUAGACUUAGGUCAGCAAGUAGUUCAUACUCAAACAAUAGUGAUAUUACUGAUGUAUCACCACUGGAAAGUCCAGAAAACACUCCAAGACGAAAAAAGAAUAUUCAGCAGACAAGUGAAAAUGGUCAUUUUGAAAAGGUGCAAUAUAGAGACGCAAGUCCUUUAAAUGAAAGUGCUGACAUUAAGUUGGAAAAUGAACAAAUUGAUCUGAGCAUAUUGAUGAAAUGUAUGGCAGAUAUAGACAGAGAAAAACAACAGAGGAUAAAAACUAACUCUCGCAGAGUUAUGUUUGCACCACCAACUAAUGAAAAACAGAAAGGGAACUUUUCUUUUUCAGUAAAUCGUGCAAAUAUAAUAGAAAAAGAAAACCAGAGAUUACUGAAUAAGAUAAUGACGCAAAUGAAGUCUUCAGGGCCAGUGAAGAAAACAACAACUAUUAGUUCCAAGGGACCGAGAAAGGCAACAGAACCUGUCAUUCAGCGUCUUACACCUUCAGCUGUUAAUCGUAUGCGGGAACAAAGACGUAUAGAAGCUGAAAACAUGCAUAUACUAAACCGAUUGCAUUCGGUCAAACCAACACAGGGAAUGUCACGACAAGACCAAAUUGGUCAGUUUGAGCGUCAGAUGUCAUACGGAAUCCCCUCCGGAACUAUGCUGAUAACAGAGCCUCGGUUGGAGACAAGGGCUCGUUCCCACACAUCCCUCGAUCAUUCUUCAGUACCUUUCCAAAGGUCACGCCCCUCAAGUGCCUCAUCUCUGGGAAUCACAACACAAGGGAAAAGGUCAAGACCUUCAAGUGCAAAGUCUAACGCCUCUAUCAGGUCAAAUGCUUCUGUGAGAUCAACUGCUUCAAAAAGGUCAACAAUGUCUAUGAGAUCCAAUUUUUCCAUCGGCUCAGUAAAACGGCGGUCUGACAAAGUUGACUGUAGGCCAGAAUGGAAUGAUCGAUUUUCAUGUGCUUAAAAAUUUGUGUAAUUCAGAGGACAUACAGUUUAAUUUAUAAUUAUAUUGACUUGUCAGAUGUCUUAAAAAACCUUAUAAAUAGGAAGUAGCUUGCCUACUGCGUAAAGUGAGUUCCAUAUUACAUGACAUUUAUUUCUCCAUUGUACAUUUUGAUGAAGUCAGGGGAUACUCAUUUUAAUACUGUGUCUGUCUUAAGGGGAUUAUUUUUAUAACAAAAUCAAAUGACUUUCCAAAUCCAAGGAUACUGUAUUUGCCUAUUCUCCUUGUGAUUGAUAGUGUUUGUUUUAAUUUUCUCUGCUAAUACAGAUACAUGACAAGUAAUUAGAAAUGCAUUGAUGUCUGCUGGAACUGGCUGUUUGUUCUGGUAUUAAAUACAUCAGACGAAUCACGAUUUUAUGGACUUGUUCAGUUGUGUUUGAGCAUUGUCCUUCUUGUAUUUACUGACCCUGAUUAAAAGCUUAUUAAUUGGUUGAUUAAUCACAUAAUUUGUUUUUGGUUUGUAAAGAAAAUAGAAGGUAACAGGGUAAACUGUUAUUAUGUUAUUCUAUUAUUUCUAGAUUUUAAUGUUAAGGCAGAUUUUUGUUAGAUUAGCAGGAGGUUUGUAAAGAACAAUCAUUUACUGUGGUGACAAUUUGUAUGGCAUUUGACUUUCCAACACAAUGCAUGACAAUUAUGUAAACUGAUUGAAAUCAGGCCUUAAAUAUUUAUUAUUUCAACUUUGGUGAUUAUAUUUGCAUGUUAGGUUAGAAUUCCAUUCAUGUUAGGCAGUAGAUUACUGAAGAUACUCAUUUUUGUUAUGAUUACUUAUGUAAAUAUUGACUGUAUGAAGCACAAUUUUGAAUUUAUUGAUUACUGUGAAAGGUGUUAUAUUCAAAUGUUAUAAUGUAGUAAAUUAGUAAUAAUAUUUAAAAUUCCUAGGCAGAUCAUUGAAUGUACAAACGUACGAUUGUUGAUUUAUUAGAAAUACAUGUAUCAUGUAUGACUCUCUAUUGCUUUGAGCCACCAUUAUAUUGUAGACAUUAUAACUUGUCUUGUUGUUUACAUUGCAUUGAAAUUCUGAAGUCUCAUAUUGAUCUGUCUCAUUGUUUGAUACUGUUUUGUCAGGUUGCUUUGGCAACUUAUUUACUAUAACUGUAAUUGAUAUUGUAUAUACAUGUAGUGAAGUUUGCCUGUUAUAGAUAAUGUGUCAAAGGCAAUAAUUCAGCAGUAAAUCAUACAGGGAUAUUAACCUGACAUGCAUGAAAGUGUUACAUAAAAGAUUGCUCUAGUUCUAUUGUAUAUUUGUUCUGUUUAAAUGCUGUAUAGAUACUUUUUUUUCUAUGUCAGGAGUACGUUUCCAAUUUAGCGAAAUAUAACUACCUAAAAAAAUAAAGUUAUGAAGUUGUCAAAUAUGAAAUAGGUAAUAAUAUUUUUUGGUCUUGAAGCAAUUAAGUCAUCAUUGGUGCCAUAUAUUUGAACAUUAAUAUUUUAGCCUUGUAAUCUUUAAAUAUAUAAAUAUAGCAGUUAUUCUAUGGCACUGUUUAAACAAACUGAAACUUUACUUUAUUAUGUUUAUUUAGAAUCUGAUUUCGCAAUUCAUUACAUGUCUGUUAAAUUUAAGUCUGACUUUUUCUCAUAUUUAUAUAUUCUUGGGAUUAUUUUUUUAAUCCAUAUAUCAUACAUUAUAAAUACAUAAAAUCAGAAUUUACAAAACAUUUUCACUGCCUCUAACCUACCAUUAAAUGUACCUGUAAUAUCAGUUUUAUCAUUGAUUUGCUAUUUCAGUUUCCAUAAAACUCCUAUUUUGUUAGUCUUCAUUGCUUGAAUAUCAAUUAUGCAUGAUGACAAUUAGUUCCCAGUGCCAAUCUUGGCCAUUUAGCAGUUUCAUUUCAGUGCAUUUGUAACCACUGAUGCUUUUAACAUGAAUUUGUUCAGAAUCUUUUCAUGAUUUUUUUUUUUUUUUUUAUAGUUUUUAUUUUUUUAUUUUGCUUGUAUUUAUUUAAGUCAUAUUUCAUUUAUAGACAUUAUGCAUUUUCUAUCCAUUUAAUAGUUAGCAAGCAAUCAUAUUAUUAAUGUGAAAUUUAUAAUUUUUUAUUAUUCAGAUUUUUGAAACAGAAUAGUCUUCAGAAGGAGGGAAAAUAAGAAUUGAACACUUUCCUUUUUGCCACUUUAUUUUAGUACUUGAUAAAGCUUAUGUGAACUAUUUUAACAUAUUAAAAACAAUUAUCAUUUGUGAAAUUAAUGUUUAAAUGUUACAGAACACAGAUGAUCGAAUGGAACAUAAUGUUAUGAGGCUGAUUUGAUUCAGCACAAAAGGAUAACGAUAUGUUUCUUCUUUAUUUUCUUCAAAAUAGCAAAAUAUCGGAUCGUGGAUCGUGUAACGAGAAAAAAACAAAACUUGCCUAAUGUAAAAUUUUGUUAUGGCUUAAGCCUCGUAUACCUUAAUGCAAGAACAACCUGUCUUCAAAAGCGUAAUUGUUUUUAAUAUAACAUGAAACAUCAACAUGUACGUACUGAUGGUUCAUGAUGAUAAUGGCAUGCUACAUGUUAAUGUCAAUGGUGGGAGUUUGCAAAGAUUCUGCAUGUGUGAUACUGGUACAUGAAUUUGAUAUUUGUAUACUUAUGUUUACACACCAAAUUUAAUCAUGCAUACCGAAUUUCUUGUUUGCACAUAGAACUUGACUUUGUCUCAAGUGAGUUAUUUAUAGUUCUUAAAGAGGUUUUUGUACAUAUAAUUAUAUAAUGUUGUUAAUGAAAUCUGCUUUCUAGUAAAACAAUUUAUAAUUUGUCAAGGUAAUUCUAAUGUUCUGUUACACUUAAUACAAAAUGUAAACACGUUGCUGAAAACACCACUUUAAUGGCUUAAUUUAGAUGUACUGUUGCUGUGAUGAAUGCUUUUAGAUUUAAAUAUGUUCGCUGUUCUAUAUAUGCAGGUCUAUGUAGAAUAAAUCUAGAGUACUGAGA